CGAGCCGAUCCGAGAUGACCAAGUCCAAGAACGGCUGCCUCAAGAUCCUCGUCUGCGCCGGCGCCGGAUCCGACCCCUCCGGCGGCUCCGACCCCGAGACCGACGCCCACGCCGACGAGAGCAAGGCCGUAUCAGAUAAAAGCAGAUGGAGCUUUCGCAGGAGGUCUACAAGGCAUCGUGUUCUGAAGAACUCUGAUAUAUCAGAACCUGAAACUCUAAGUUCGAGCAAAGCAAAAGCUGAAAUUGCACCAACCAACAAUGUCUACUCCUCAACAUACUCUUAUGCCUCAGAGAAGCCCCUUCAUCUCGAGAAGCCAGAUGCGGAGAAGCCAGAUGAGAAGAUUCUGCAACAAGAGAAGCCAGAUGAGAAGCCUCCGCACGAGGAGAAGCCCAAUGAAAAGCUGGCAGAGACGCCAACUGAAGAGCCAGCGGACCAGAUAAUUGAAAGGUCAAUUGAACUGCCAGAUGAGAAGAUAACUGAGCCGCCAAGCAAAGAGCCAGCUGAAAGGAUAUCCGAAAAACCAAUUGAAGAGCCUACUGAAAAUGUUGUUGAGGAACUUGAUGAAAAGCCGGAUGAAAGUAUCGCUGUUUCAUCAACUGAGCUGAAGCAGGAUGAAACCGCCCAACUUAUUGGUACAAGCAGUCCAGACCCUGAGGAAGAUCAUGUGGAGUCGGCAGCUGUUGUCAUUCAGUCUGGCAUCAGAACAUACAACGCAAGGCAAGAACUGUCAAAUCAUAAGGAUCUUGUGAAACUGCAAGCUGUGAUACGUGGGCAUCUAGUGAGGAGGCAGGCUGCAGAAUCAUUGCAAUGCUUGCUUGCUAUUGUUAAAACGCAAGGGCUUGUCCGUGCUCAUCAAGCACAACAGGACACUUUGGUCAGUUCUUCAAGUGAGAAAUUGCUUCAGAAUGGAUUUGCUCUCAAGCUCCUGGAUGGCAUGCCAAAAUCAAAAUCCAUGAACAUAAAGUGUGAUCCUUCUGAAACUGAUGCUACCUGGCAAUGGAUGGAGAGGUGGACAACUCUGAUUCUUCCAAUCACUGAAGGCCACUUGCUAGAGAAUACUGAAAAUAGUGGGUUGGUGGUUGAAAAGAUGGAAGUUGCUCAGCAUGAAGAGAAGGAUGUUCCUUUGGACUCGGACAUCUCUUUCCCGAAGUUAGUGCCUGAUGAUGUGGAAGACACACUAAGGUCAUCUGAUGCUAGUGCCUUUGUGGAAGAGACACUAGGGCCAUCUGAUUCUGCUGGAUUGGAGGCUCCCGAAUGUGUCCCAGAGGAAACCUCUGGGUUGGAAAUCAAUGAUGGUCCUGUACCGGAGCUGAUCGAAAAGAUCAAUGACGAUGCUGAGCAAUUGGAUGAUUCAACGACAGAGAAUGUUGUGGAGCAAUCUUUGGAGUUCUCUAAUCGACAGUCUUCCCAAACUGAUCCAUCAAGGGAAGCCAGCCCUCUUCCUGAAAAAUCUGAAUCUUAUACCGAGGAUAUUAUGGAUCCAUAUAAUCUUGAGCAGUCGCUGGAGAUGGAAGGUAGAAGCGCAGCAAGAAAGGCCUGCAAUCCGGCAUUUGCUGCAGCACAGAUGAAAUUUGAAGAGCUAACUUCAGCAGUCAGUAGGUCCAACAGUUCAUCUUAUCUGGAUGGGUCAAGCAAAUUGAAGGUGCCUACUCCCCAUUCCCAGGACGGUACCUCACCCAAGCAAAACAUUGAUACAGGUAUACCAGAAAGCACAGUUGGUCGUGAUGCUAAAAUCAUACUUGCUGCUUCAGAAUGUGGGACUGAGAUUUCAAUCUCCUCUACACUUGACUCACCAGACAGAUCAGAAGCUGAUGGCGGUGAGAUUGUAAUGGAGAUUGGAGAUCUUGGAGGUAGGAACUACACCACCGAGAAUGCUGACAAAGACACCCAUGUUUUACGUUCUGAAGUUAAGAACACUUCCGAAGGAGUUAUCCAGCCAGAGAAAGAGGAAGAACUGAAUGGCGAUGUUGCUAACCCUGCCAUUGCCUCGGAUCCUGUAGUUGAGCAAGCACAUGUUGGACCAGGAAAGCCAGAUUCACAUGAUCAAAUUGAGAAAUCUGUAGAAUCAUAUGCUAGGUCACCCGAAGGAACUCCCAUGAGCCGAACCACCUUUGCAGAAUCUCAUGGCACACCAUCAAGUGAGGUCUCUGUCAAUACCAACAAGAGCAAGACCAAGAAACCAAAGUCUCGUGUAAGCAGAAGGUCACUGACCAGUCCAAGCAAUUCAGUAGGACGAAGCAGCACAGAUAAUCUGUCAAAGGAUUAUAAACAUGCAAAGAGAGAGAGCUCAGUCAAGGUUGCUAAGUCUGACAAUGUUGACCAAGAACCUCGCAUGAGCAACAGCACUCCAUUGCCAAGCUAUAUGCAGUUCACAGAAUCCGCAAGAGCAAAGGCAGCUGCUCUAUCCCCAAAGAUGAGCCCAGAUGUACAAGACAGCAACCCGAGGAAAAGGCAUUCUUUGCCCAUAGCAAAUGGUAAACAGGAAACAUCUCCUCGCAUGCAACGAUCAUCAUCCCAAGCUCAGGAAAAGGUGAAAAUCAACGUUGCUGUUCCUCACAAUCCUACUGAUAAGAGGUGGAACAUAUGAUGGAUCAAUGUCAGCACAUUGACGAGGUGCCAUCAAAUAUAUCUAGAAGCACUCUCGAGAUGACUGAGAUACUGGCACACUGCCCUUGUUUUUUUUUCUUGUCGCAGGCCCUCUAAUUCGUCAGUCGUUUCUUUAUAUUUUUUUCUUGGAAUACUGAUGGAGAAGAGCAGCAGCUUCAUCAUAUAUGUACAUUUGUUGGUUCUUAUUGGUUGUGCUAUUUGACUGAUAGUGAUGAUUUCUUUUGUGUGUAA